AACAGCUCACCCAUGUAAACAAGCUAACUCAAGUCCUAUCGGUCGCCCUCUAAGACGAAAAGAAAUCGGAUGUUCAACCUUCUUGAACAACGCUUCCAUGAUAUCAUCACGGAUAUCAGCGAGACUUUGAUUGGAAUGUCACUUGAUCCGCGACUCAUGCCAAACGUUGCGACAAACGAAUUAGCCCUGCGGACUGUCCGCUCGUCUGCAUCGACGCCCUCCCUUCGAUCUCGCGAUGGCACCGUUCCGCCACACGCGAGAAUGGACCCGGGAGGAAAUGUCAGAGUUGUGGUGAGGGUUCGGGCGUUUCUGCCUCGAGAAAUCCAGCGCAAUGCCGAAUGCCUCAUCACGAUGGACCCCAUAAGACAGGUAACAACGCUCCUUAUACCAAACGACUCCGAUCCAGCCAACAGCCGGGCAAAGUCACGCCGGGUAAUCGAAGAGAAAGCCUUCACAUUCGACAACUCGUUCUGGAGUCACAACACAGAUGACCACCAUUAUGCGACACAGGAAGACGUCUACAACAGCCUGGGCGAGGAAUUCCUCGACCACAACUUUGAGGGCUACCACACGUGCAUUUUCGCGUACGGCCAAACAGGAUCGGGCAAGUCAUACACCAUGAUGGGCACACCCGACCAGCCGGGGCUCAUCCCGAGGACGUGCGAGGACCUGUUUGAGCGCAUCGCGCACGCACAGAGCGAGACUCCAAACAUCAGCUACAACGUGCGGGUCAGCUACUUCGAGGUGUACAACGAGCACGUGCGGGACCUCCUCGUCCCCGUAGUGCCAAAUCAGCCGCCGUAUUAUCUCAAGAUCAGAGAGUCACCAACCGAGGGCCCGUACGUGAAGGACCUGACCGAGGUCCCGGUGCGGAACAUCCAAGAGAUCCUGCGGCACAUGCGGACGGGCGACGCGAGCCGCACGACCGCCAGCACCAAGAUGAACGACACCAGCAGCCGCAGCCACGCCGUGUUCACAAUCAUGCUGAAGCAGAUCCACCACGACAUGGAGACGGACGAGACGACGGAGCGCAGCAGCCGCAUCCGGCUGGUCGACCUCGCGGGCAGCGAGAGGGCCAAGUCGACCGAGGCGACCGGCGCGCGCCUCCGCGAGGGCAGCAACAUCAACAAGUCCCUGACGACACUGGGGCGGGUCAUUGCGGCUCUGGCCGACCCCAAGCAGAGCCAGUCGCGGGGCGGCAGGCGGCGCCGCGGCGGCGUGGGCGGCGGUGGCAGGGACGCGGUGGUCCCGUACCGCGACAGCAUCCUGACGUGGCUGCUCAAGGACUCGCUGGGGGGCAACAGCAAGACGGCCAUGAUCGCGUGCAUCGCGCCGUCGGACUACGAGGAGACGCUCUCGACACUGCGGUACGCGGACCAGGCCAAGCGGAUCCGCACGCGCGCCGUGGUCAACCAGGACAGCGUCAGCGCGGCGGAGCGCGACGCCCAGAUCGCCGCCAUGUCCGAGGAGAUCCGGCAGCUGCAGCUCGUCGUCGGCGACAGCCGCCGCCGCGAGAAGGACGCAAAGGACCAGGAGGAGCGUCUCGAGGAGUACCAGGCCCGCGUCGCCGCCAUGCAGCGCAUGAUGGAGGAGAGGGGCCUCGUGGCAGAGGGCAAGAUCCGCAGCCUGCAGACCGAGAACGAGGCCCUCAGGCUGCACCUGAAGCUGGCGCUCGAGAGCCUGAAGAACCCCAUCCCGCCCGUGACGGUGCGGGAGGUCGGGGGAGGCGGUGGCAAGGGCGGGGUGGUGGUUGGCGAAAAGGAGGUCGGGGCCGGGUCGGAGGACGGCGAGGGGGAUGAUAAAGAGAACCGCGGCAUCAUGGCUGAUGAGACGUGCUACGAGGAUGAGGACGACGGCUAUGCGUCCGGCGGGUACGAGAACCAGGCCGAGGAUAUGCACGACUACAUGCAGGGCCUGCUCAAAGACCUGGGAAUGUUCAAGAGGAAGAUUGGUGACGAUCGGCUGAGAUUCUUGGGUGAUGUGAAAGAUGCGAGAGGUGAGAGGGGGGGGAGUGGUCGGAAGCCACUGGGCGUCAAGUUCAACGUUUGAAAAUAGGAGAUAGAGGCUGGGUAGGAGGCUUGCUACUAGUGUAGUAUCAUAUCACGUAUCACGGUAAAGGAGCGACUGGAGUUUGAGGGAUGGCCAGCAAGGGAGGGCAGAGCAUUGUGGGAUACAGGGACCGACUUGGGCGAUACAUCCUUUAUUUUUUUUGGUCUUUGUCUAUUUACCUAUGCUGUCGAAUCGAAACCGCUUUAACUCUCU